AUGGAGGCAUUCUUACGUCUUUUUUCUUUCGUUUGUCUCCUUGCACGCAACAAGGAAAUCGGUGUUCUCGAAAAGGAACCUGCUAUCGAGAUCCAGUAUGUCCCAACCACUGUCACGGUCGAAACACACACCAUGGGGUCGUCUCUCUACGAAUAUCUCCGUAUCAAAGUGCAUCCCGAUAUAACUUCCCGCGACUGGUCCAAGAUCAUAAUCCGUGGUCAUCAUAGCAGAUCCUUCCCAUCUCGCGUCAUGCCGAUUGAAAAGCAAAUCCAAUGCUUCCCUGGCGAUGACUACGUCCAGCACUUCGCCAGUAUCGUGUCCACGUACCUAUUGCUCCACGGAAGGGAUUCUAGUAUCGUUUCCUAUAUUCUUCCCACGCCUGCCCAGAAAAUCGAUCCUCUGAUCAAUUCCAACCUCAAGAAUCUUGGAGCCCUCGAUGUUGCUAUCUUAGGUUACGUUCAAGGUCUUAGCCAGUUCACUAACAAAGAUUGGGAAGGAGGAGGUACCUCGGACAAUGAAAUAUUUCGGUGGCUAAAGCAAACACUCCCAAACGGGAGCCAUGUGGCUUUUAUCGGUUGUCGAGUCAGCUUUUGGGGUGGCAUCGCGGGAAACGUGGUUCGAGCGCUACAGAUUCUCUGCGGCAUGAAAUGUGUUCUCUAUAUCGGCAAAUUGAGGUCAUUACACGGAGAGGAUACACCAAACACCAAAAACGUGCUCCAAAGGGCGCUGGAAGCAGAGGGUCAUGAGCAGCAACCAGCAGACUCAAGAGGUAGAGGCGUGGUGCAAUAUGGUAUCCAUUACACUCUGUCGUCAGUGCUACAGGAGACAAAAGUCUGGCUCAAGGAGCAACAGGGACAGUUCGACUGGGUGGAUCUAGAGAUCGGUCACAUGGAUAUCGCGUCCCUGGAGGGCCAGAUACAGUUUUGUUAUCUACAUAUUGUGUCUGAUAAUCUGGCCACGAAGUACGUACAUGACUUAUUGAACGAGCGGGAGCAGCAGGUGUUACAGGAUAGGAAGCAAAUAGUUGAGCCGAUCCAGAACGUCCUAAGAAGGUUUCUCGAGGAGUACGACCUGGAACGUCGAGGCCGAUAA